UAACACACCCACAGAGGGCUGUACUCCCUGCUAUCACACGUGUUGGCUCUUAUGGUUGUCUCUGUUACUGUUUGGAUCUAACAGCAGCGGUGUUCACGCAUUUUCUGACUCCUGAAGUGAGAGAGGAGGAGGAUGUCCGAGAAAGGAGUGAAGAUAGAGAUGGGGCUGAACGGAGCCUCCCAACAGCAGUCUGCAGGAUCAGGACACCGGCAAGGUGCGACCGUCAGCUUUCACAACAUCCACUACCAGGUGAUGCAAGGAGGAAACUGUCUGUGCCGCAAGAAGGGAAAGGUGAAGGACAUCCUCAUUGAUCUUAAUGGGAUCAUGAAGCCGGGUCUGAACGCCAUCAUGGGAGCGACAGGAAGUGGAAAGUCAUCGUUUCUGGAUGUCUUAGCAGCCAGGAAAGACCCGGCAGGCCUGUCAGGAGAAGUUUUAAUCGACGGAGCUCCACAACCUCCAAACUUUAAAUGUCUGUCAGGAUACGUGGUGCAGGAUGAUGUGGUGAUGGGGACUCUGACGGUCAGAGAAAACUUCAGCUUCUCUGCAGCGCUGCGACUCCCGGAGUCCGUCUCUCAGGAGGAGAAGGACAAAAAAGUGAACAGACUGAUCCAGGAGCUCGGACUGGAUCGAGUGGCUAACUCUAAGGUGGGCACUCAGCUGAUUCGUGGGAUCUCUGGCGGUGAGAGGAAGAGGACGAACAUCGGCAUGGAGCUCAUCAUGGACCCUUCUGUCCUCUUCCUGGAUGAACCAACCACAGGGCUCGAUGCUAGCACUGCUAACUCUGUGCUACUGCUGCUGAAGAGGAUGGCAAACAGCGGUCGAACCAUCAUCCUGUCCAUCCACCAGCCUCGAUACUCCAUCUACCGCCUCUUUGACAGCCUCACGCUGCUUGUCAACGGCAAACAGGUUUACCACGCCCCGGCUCAGAGCGCUCUGGAUUAUUUCUCAGACAUUGGAUACUUCUGUGAGCCUCACAACAACCCUGCAGACUUCUUCCUGGACAUCAUAAAUGGAGACUCCACAGAUGUUGCUCACAACGGGGCCGAGGAAGAGGCCUAUGUUGAUUUAGACUUUGAUACUUUGGAGAAGUCCAGACGAGGGAUCGAGGAUAAACUGGUAGAAGAAUACAGAAACAGCCAGCACUUCAGAGAGACCAAAGCGGAGCUGGAGAGGAUCAUCAUGGGCAGACAGACGACCACCAAAGCUCCCUCUAGAACCAUCACAUACAACACCAGCUUCAUGACGCAGUUUAAAUGGGUUCUCAAGAGAACGUUCAAGAACCUCAUGCUUAACCCUCAGACAUCUGUCGCUCAGAUUGCAGUGACGUUGUUCCUCGCUCUCGUAGUUGGAGCCAUUUUCUUUGACGUCCAGGAAGACCAGAGUGGAAUGCAGAACCGGUUUGGCGCUGUCUUCUUCAUCGUGGUGAAUCAGUGUUUCAGCUCGCUGUCGUCCGCUGAACUCUUCAUUGCAGAGAGAAAACUCUUCAUUCACGAGUACAUCAGCGGUUACUACAGGGUCUCUGUGUACUUCCUGUCUAAGAUGCUGUCUGACAUCCUCACGCUGAGGACCAUCCCGGCCAUCGUCUUCAGCUGUGUGGCGUACUUCAUGAUCGGGCUGAAGCCGACAGCGGAUGCCUUCUUCCUCUUCAUGUUCUCAGUGACUCUGGUCUCCUACACGGCCACCUCCAUGGCUCUGGCCAUCUCCGCCGACCAGACAGUGGUUGCCAUCGCCAACAUCUUCAUGACCAUCGUCUGUGUCUUCAUGAUGAUCUUUGCAGGUUUGCUCGUCAAUCUUACCACCAUCCCCCGCUGGCUCGACUGGUUAAAAUACUUGAGUAUACCCCGCUAUGGAGUUGGUGCUCUGCUGGCUAACGAGUUCACAGGACUGACUUUCUGUAACCAACCAAUAAGCCCUCCCAUCCCUGGACUCAUGUGUACAGGGGAGGAGUUCCUGACGGAGCAAGGCGUCGAUUACUCCACCUGGGGCUUUUGGCAGAACCACCUGGCUCUGAUCAUCAUGACCGCCUGCUUUCUCACCAUCGCUUACCUCAAACUGCGCUUCAUCAAGAAGUUCACUUAGACCUUCACCACGAUGAUGACCCUCUUCCUCAUCCAAACCAGCGUUUAUGUCUACGUUUUUAUUCCAUCCAGAAGAAGCAGAGCCCAAACCUUUUUGUCCAGGUCUCUGCACCUGGAGGUUCAUUGUUUGUACAUGUUAAUACUACUGCUGUUCAUGUUUAUUUCCUGCUGAUUCAUAUUUAAAGUAUAAACAGAUCAGCUCCAGUUCUCUAAUACUAAUGACUGAUGUGUAAAAUAGAAAGUUUUUUUUGAUUAUUUAUGCACUCCUUUCUAAUACCAUAGUCCUUAAUGUAAUAACUGUUGAAAAAAUGUGAUUUUUGCACUUUAAUGUGAAGAGCCAAAGAAGUAAUUAUUUCUCACCAAAAUACAAGAAGUUUAUAUUUUUGAGUUUUUAAAAAAUAAAUUACUAAUUUAA